UGAAAAUAUAAUUUAUGAAAAUAAGGGCGACAAACAGCCACAAGGGUUUUGGAUAAUUGGAUUUGCCCCUACCGUUAACCCAAAAAAACUGCAAAGAACACGGGGUGAAGAGAAAACGAAGGGGGCGACCAAUUUGGACGCUGCAAUCGUCCACAGUAUUGGAAACUCUGUAUCACCAGGUGCGGCAAAAAUUUGCAUCAUGGAAGCUCAGCUUACAGAUGCUGUAGCUGCCUAUCCAUGUGUUAGAGCCACCAUUCACCUAGGAUCAGAAAGAUUCUUUGUUCAGGCAAACAAUGGGGUUCUUUCUGAGCAAUUGGUUUCAGUGAAGGAGCAGAGCAUGGGCAUACUGAAGGACUUCAUAACGAAACAUAAUAUUCCAACUGAAGUUCCUGAUGAACCCGAAGAGGUCUCUUCAGAAGACGACAGUGAAAUAUCUGCAAAGCCUCCAAUGAAGAAAUCGAAGAAUGGACAAUAAAAUGUUCUGUCAUAGUAGGUACAAAUCUAAUUCGCAGCACAUGUUUCAAUAAUUUUCUGUUGGGAGUAUUAAAAUUUACCUUGGAUUUAAUUGUUUCUCCUUAUUAGCAUGGAACUUCAUUAGUGUUCUUUUUGCUAUAUAAGUUUACCCAAUUGCUUAUAA